GUUUUAUAAAAUAACAACAACACGAUAGUCUUCCGUGUUUGGAUGGCCUGAUCCAAACAUGGGUUUCGACGAAUCAGAGCACGCGUUAUAUACAUGUUAUUUUAUAAUUUUAGAUGAAGGUAGCAAUGAUAAAGCUCAAACAACUGACACAAUCACGUGGAAUCCCCAUGGAAACCUAUCAACCCUUGGAGACCCCAGUUCAAGGGUGACUGCUAUAGCAGCACUCCUGGAGAAGCACGAGCAAAAGGUCACUCGAAAGCCAUCAAAAUAUGUUUCCAGUUGCACCAUUACGAGAGCAGAUAGGAUGGAGCAUGAACAAGAUUUAAGCAAGGCUGUAAGUAUAUUGAAUGAACCUCUCCUCCACCGAUGCUUCAGAGAUUGGCAAUUCCUUUUUUUCUACUCUGCAACCGGAAUAGUAGAUUUUGAAAUUUACUACUCCAUUUGAAGGUCCACUAUUUCUUUAUCUCAGUUAUAAAACGAUACGAUAUAAAAGCAAUAUAACAACUGUUGUUAAAAAGUUGUUAUAUUUAUUCGGAGUAUAACUUGAAUGAUUAUUCGCUGCUAAGGCUGUCUUAUGCCAGUACAGUCUUGAACAGUUCUGUGUCAGCUAGUGUAGGUAUUAAAUGCCAAUAAUAAGAAAGCUUCGGAUGGAUUGAAUACAACAACUUGAAAAAUACAAGGAGAACUUCGACGAGCGAAGCCACGAAGGUCCUUCGAAGGGCCUUAAAACGUCGAAGUUCUCCUUGUAUUUUUCAGGUAGUUGUAUCCCUAUCAAUCAGAAGCUUUCUUGUGUCAGUACACAAUGAAAUGUACAUAUAACUAACUUUUUGAUAGGCUUUGAUUAAUUUAAGUCAUUAAGAGCUUCAAUUUUGUGUUAGGGUUCCUCUUCAUCACAAAAAGAUUCUGAAACGAACGAUAAGCGUUCAGAAUUGCUGAAAAGAGCUCCGGUGGUUCCUUUCGGGAUGGAUCUGUACAAUUGGGAGAGGAAAGAAGACGAAGCUCCUUCAGUGACCAACUUGAAAUCUUUGCAUUGCUAUUGGACUCAUCCGAAUGACGACAACGAAGACCAUUGUCCGGGUGACAUCAAGGAAUCCAUGAAAUCUCGAAGUAUCCGGUUUGCUGGGGAGUUUGAGGAGAUCAAGUGGGCUUGCCGCGCUCCGUUACCCAGUGGUAAACUAUGUCCUAGAAAGGAUAGGUAUGUAACCCAGUGGUAAACUAUGUCCUAGAAAGAAUAGGUAUGUAACGUGAACAUCACACUAAUGUUUCUUCUAAAUUUUUGCAAGUGACGUCACAAAACAUAAUUCAACAUAUUUGUUUGACUUUCACCAUUUUGGGUGACAAAUACCUUACCUGGGAAAAUCCUAUACCUACAAAGUGUAAUCUAUGUAAUGCGCGUUCUAAUUUAGUUACUUAUUGUAGCUAUUCAAUGUGUAAUUUUCAUAUUAAACAUUAAACAACAUAAAUCUCACUUUUAUUUUACAAUUUACGCAAUACAUUUAUAUUAUAGGUACAAGUGUCCAUUCCAUGGGAAAAUCAUCCCCCGUGAUGCAAUGGGGCGCCCCGAAGGAAGCUCCAGCGAGAGUGACGAGGCAGCGGAUUGUAGGACUCAAGAACUUGAUGAAGUAACGAGAGAUAUUGAACUGGCGACGGGAAUGGACCUCGGAAGCAAGAAAGAAAAGAAAGGGAAAAAGCGAAAGCAUUCUGGGCUGACAGAUUUGAAGAAGAACUCAAAUACGAGUCGAGCACGCUUGGAGAAAAUUGUACUCAAUAAAGAAGCUCUCAAACGGGUUGCCGAGGAAACAGACAGAGUGAGAAAGAGUAUAAUUGAUGAAAAGUUUGGAAACAAUUGGAACUACGCUUUGAAGCCAACUUAUUGAGUGGAAUACUGAAAUGGAACAGGUUCUUGUGCAGUUGUGUGUGCUUUAGCACUGUAACAAGGGCUUGAACUCACAACUGAUAGUUGCCUAUACUCUUUGAAAAUAUAUAUAUUUUACUUGAUAAUUGACAAACGAUGAAAAUAGCAAUUACGAAGUGGAACUGUAUGUAGGAACUGUUAGUACUGUUCUUCAGUGUUGUUUAAUAUGUGUAUUGUUGCAAUUUAUUUAUUUGGGCCCGCAGUGAUUGGCAAUUACGCUGUUGCGGAUUCCCUGCCACUAAGGCAAGUAGGACAUACCAUACUUACAGUUGUAAAUAGUUGGCUUUUUAAAAAAGCGUGGCAUUCUCCUGAAGAUGAUAUUAAACAAUUUAACAAUUCACAGAGUGUGUAUUGUUUUGUGUUUAAUUACCAUACUUAAGACUGGUUUAUACUAUCAAAGUUUCUGUGAUCAAAGUAGGAGUUUUGCAUCGGUAAAUUCUAAGUUUUGAAGGAUUUGUAAGAAAUGUUUGAUGGAAC